GACUGGGUCUAUCAUCGACGACCAGGUAGCUCAGUGGUAGAGUGUUCGUCUAAAGUUCAGAGGGUCCCGGGUUUAAACCCCGGUCAAGCUGCUGCAUUUUCUCCUUCUCAUGUUACAGUUGCAAUAGCCUACCCAAUAAAGAGGUGAAUGCUUCCAGAUCAACAACUUCUGGAAAAAUAUACCCCUUAGUUGUACGUGAAUUUUGCAAGAUAAGCAUGGAGUUUAUUAGGAAAGGUUCCAACCGCAAAAUCUACCAGGGGGCUGCUCAAAAACUCAAGGUUGAUGCAGAGACAAUACAACAUGGAGUUGAGGGGCUAAUGUAUCUGUUAACAGAGAGUUCCAAACUCAUGUUAAAUGAGAUAGAUUUCCAGGACUCAAUCUUAACCCUGGGGUUCUCUGAUGAUAUGAGGCAGACCCUACUCGAGCUAUACCUACAAAACAGACGGGAGAUCCGGGCAAUUAUGUCAGAAAUGUCAAUGGAACUGCCUCAUUACCAGAAUCUUGAGUGGCGAUUUGAUGUACAGCUUGCUAGUCGCUCUCUUAGACGACAGACCACUCCUUUGGUAACAUUCAAGCUCCACAUAGAAGAUGAUGGCGAGCGGGAGACCAAAGUGUUACAAACCGAUCCAGUCAACCUUGUCCAUCUUACUAAGGUACUCGAUGAGGCACUACAAGAGAUGAAAUCACCAUACUGUCGAAGAAUCGUACGGAAUAUCAAGUGAACAAUUUGAAAAAUAGUAUUAUCUUGAUUAUAUUUAUUGUAUGAAGUUUCAAUGUGUGAAAUCAGAAUGGCAUAUUGAGAUGAAGAAAAUGGAUUUGUGCAAGGACAACUGAGAAUUCGGAUGAAAUGUAUGUGAACAUUGAUGAACUUAGGAUGUUUCAUAUAGUGAAAAUGUCUGUAUGCCUGAAUCACCUCUUCAUUGUAAUACAUUAUGUGUGUAUUUGAGGGAGAUUUGACUUAACAAAAUAAUUUUAAAUACUUUAAUCAUGUUGACAAUUUCUGUUGCUUUCGUGUCACUCUGAUCUUCCAUAGUUACUUCCCUUUAUUUCACUCGACCAGUAUAGGGACUUUGUAUCAAUUUUGAAGAAGUAGAUAGCACAGGCCUUUCCAGUUUCAUCAACAUUUUAGCUCACCUGGCCUGGAAGGCCAAGUGAGCUUAUGCUAUGAUGCAUUGUCAGUCAUCCUUCCAUUUUCAUCUGGCCAUCAACUUUUUCAUUUAAUGACUUCUUUUCAAAACCAAGAAGACCCCAAAUCAUGAUUUUUGGCUGGGAGGUUCCCAUGAUGGAGCCCCAAAAUUAAAGUUUGUGAAAAGAAAUGACCUUGACCAAUAUUCAAGGCCACAAGGGUCAAAUUUGUAAAAUGACAUUGCUGAAUUUAGUAGAUUAGAAAAAU